AUGACCCAUGAAAAAGAUCUCGAGAAAGAAAUACAUCAAAUUCUCAAACGUUCUUCUGAAGUGCGUAAUUAUAAUACUAAAUUGCAGGAUAAGUAUGAAAAGCAAGAAAAAGAUUUUAACCGGGAGAGGGAUAAGUGGGAUCGGGUUAGAAAGAAGUGGAGUGAAAAACUAGGAGAGGUUGUUACCGAGAAUCAAAACUUGCAGUUUGAAAAUGCUAGCAAAGCUAUUUCUCUCACUAAUUCUAAAUCUGAGAUUGAUAUAAAAUCCAAAGAAAUUACAACACUUCGGUCUAUGAAAAAAAUAUUAGAAGGUAGAUUAACAUCGGCUCAGAAUGACGCAGUUUCGACCCAGGAAGAGAUAUUAAAAAAAGAAUCCGAGAUCACGUCUCUCAAGUCUGAAUUGGUAAAUUUAAAGGAUGAACUGGCCUUGAAAAUUAGUGAACUUGGGUGUAUGAAAUCGGAGGACGUAUCUCGUUCUGUGAUUGGGGGGGUCGAUGAAAAAAAUAUAACCAAGUCUGAUGAUAUAUCUGCAGUUAGUGAACCUAAUAAAAAUCUCAGUAAAUAUUUUAUACGCGGAAAAAAUAUGGAUGAGACCAAAAAAAUCAAUAAUAAUAUCCCGGCAUAUACCAAUAAUGAGAUUACCAAACUACCAAAAGAUGAUACCGAGAUUCUUUCCAAGGUAAGUGAUGAAACUAAUAUUAGUGAAACUAGUAAAGAUAUUAUGCUAGAUACAUCGAUAAAACCAGAUAUAUCACCAAUUAUAUCUGAGAAUAUGACCCCAUACCUUGCACAAUGGGAAAAUUAUACCUCCUCUCCAAUUAAAUCACAUCCUCAGAUUUCGGUGGGAGGAAUAGAAGCGAUUCCUAUUGUAGCAAGCACUUUAAUGUCACCACUAUCCGCAUAUAUAUUUCUUACCUUGUUAAUUAUUGCAGUUAUGUGGUUCGUUAUAUUGAGACGUACAUGGGGAUUGGAGAGGAAAAGUGAUCAAUUGCGGAAUAUGUGGAUCGGGUAA